UCCCUGUCAUCUGCCAGAAAGGCCACCUGCGCCAGCACCUCCUGAAACCGGCCUUCGAAAACACGAUGCACACUGGGCUGCCAUCCACACCACCUCAUGCCUAGAGCCACGGGGGUUGCAGUGGUCGUGUCCCCGCCUCCGAGCCACGUGGUCCCUCUAACUCAACUGCCCGGGCGUCCUGGCCACGGGCUCCCUGGGAGGCCCCGGAGAUGCCCAAAGGCCCCCCGCCAGCCGUCCCCACGGGGACCUAGCGGCACGCAGCCGGCGACGCAAGUGGCCAUGGGGUGGCCACGGCCCGGCCCGGCCCUGGUGGCGGCCAAGGCCUUGCUGGUCCUGUGGGUGUUCCAGGUGCCCGCGCAGGCGGUGGUACGGGCUGUGCUGGAAGACAACUCAAGCUCAGUGGACUUUGCGGACCUGCCGGCACUGUUUGGCGUCCCCCUGGCCCCCGAGGGCAUUCGGGGCUACCUGAUGGAGGCCAAGCCGGCCAACGCGUGCCAGGCCAUCGAGGCCCCGCGACGGGGCAACCGCUCCCUGGGCGCCAUUGCGCUGAUCCGCCGCUACGACUGCACCUUCGACCUCAAGGUGCUGAACGCCCAGCGCGCCGGCUUCAAGGCAGUCAUAGUGCACAACGUCCACUCGGACGACCUCGUGAGCAUGGCCCACGUCUACGAGGACCUGAGGGGCCAGAUCGCCAUCCCCUCGGUGUUCGUGGGCGAGGCCGCCUCGCAGGACCUGCGGUUCAUCCUGCGCUGCGACAAGUCGGCCCACGUGCUGCUCCUGCCCGACGACCCACCCUGCCGUGACCUGGACUGCCACCCCGUGCUGACCGUGUCCUGGGCGCUGGGCCGCACCCUGGCCCUGGUCGUGUCUGCCUUCUUCACGCUGAACCGCCUGUGGCUCUGGGUUCAGGCCCGCUGGGGCCGCAGGCGGGCGGUGAAGACGUCCACCUGUCAGAAGGCCCAGGUCCGCACCUUCACGCGGCAGAACGACCUGUGUGCCAUCUGCCUGGAUGACUACGAGGAGGGCGACCAGCUCAAGAUCCUCCCCUGCUCACACACCUACCACUGCAGGUGCAUCGACCCCUGGUUCUCCCAAGCCCCCCGGCGCUCCUGCCCCGUCUGCAAACAGUCGGUGGCCGGCACGGAAGACGGCUUUGACUCCACCACCGAGAGCUUCAGCGACGAGGACCCCUCCCUGCCGGGGCACCGGCCCCCGAUCUGGGCCAUCCAAGCUCGGCUGCGCUCCCGGAGGCUGGAGCUGCUGGCCCGCACCGGCCCCCACUGCCACUGCAGCGCCACGUCCCUGGGGGCAGAGGAUGCCGCUGCCUCCCCAGCCCCUCCUGAGGCCCCCGGUCAGUAAAGAUCUAGGGCAGGGAGCGGGGGCGACAAGGAAUGUUUCUGGUCUGAAGAGAAUAAAGUGGGUUUGAAAGC